AUGAAAAAUAUACUACAAACGAUAUUAUGCUGCCUGCUACUCCUAUUAUCUAAUAACAAUGCAACUAAUGAAUAUGACAGCGACGGUAACUAUAUCGGAAAAGACAGCGACAAUGCCGAUAACGGAGAUGGUGCUGACAAGUUUAUUAAUUACUAUGAUCCGAAUUCAACACUAGACGCAUACGCAGAUUCAUACCGCCAAGUUGUGAAUAAUAAAUUUCACAUGAUUGAAAUUCAGACUUAUAAAGAUCCCCAUAAUGUCGAAGAAACAAUAAAACCUGAAAUCCUGAGACUUGAACGCUUAUAUCAAAGUAAAUGGGCGAAGGAUUUUAUCGAAUCAAUCGGUAUGGAAGAUGAGAAUCUCGUGAAUCUUUAUAAUGAUGAAUACAAGAAGGCAUUGGAAGAAGAUAAAGCUUUUAAUUAUGAAGUUAUUGCUAAUCAAAGACGAUACCAUCAGUUGAAAAUGCAUAUUUCAAGAAAAUGGGAAAAUCGAAAAAAUCUCGAUAUUGCAGAAGACACAUUUUUUGAAGAGAUAUCAGGCAUUUUGAAGAAAGACGAAGUACAAAUUGAACUGACAAAGAAGGACUUGAUGGAAGCGAAAAAAGCAGUGAAUGCAUCCAAAGCUAAACUUAAAUGGUUGGAAACAGCAGCAGUCACCGCAACUAAUGCAUACAGAAAUAGUUCAACCUAUUUGCGAAGAUGGAAUAAGGAAGCAUCAACAAAUGACUCAUUGAAUGAUGCUAAAAUUACACAAGUGUAUUGGGAAGCUCGUACUGAUUUUGCCGACGGCACAGAUGAACUACGUGACAAAAUAAAACUAUUGGAAAUGAAGAGGAUUGAUUUUUUUAAAUGUAAGUUGAAAUACUGA